AUGGCAGACGCUGGUGGGGAAGCGGGCACGACGGACGGACCCGUACCAACAGUAGGGGACUUCGACACCGGCUUGCACGAGCCGCUGAGCGACGAUGAGAUGCUGAGCUUGUUCCAGAAACACCGACGUACGCGUAGGAAGCCUGUCGCGGUGACACGAACCGUGACACCAAAUUUGCUGGACAACGCGUGGACGUAUUUCGUGAGCCGCUGGAACACAGAAGGCGCCGUCAGAUUCAUCCCCUCCCUCGAAAGACGCGAAACGGACCAUGAAGAGCGCUCGGUGAGCGCGCUGGCAAGGCGGAUUCACAACGUAGCGUAUGACGCCGACCGCAUCGGCUGUUAUGUGCAUUACGCCGGUGGGUGCACCUGGUGUACGGAGAAUGGUCGCCCGAGACCCAGGCAGGGUGCGUGGGAGCAGGAAGUCUCAGAGUAUCCAGUCUCUGAGGCGAAGCAAAACCUUGUUGGGCAAUACCGUAGGGCCCUGAGCGAUGUUAGGCGUGGCGGGCCGCCGCGCCACCCGGAAGACCUGCCGCCGUUGGAGCGGUUGCCUCGUACGCCGUCACGCAGUCCGGAACGUCAUCAAGAAGCAACGAUGAGGCUCCCAACUAUCGUGCAUUGGGCCAAGCCAACGCUCGAGGUACUGGCCGUGCGGAGGAAUAGGAACGGCGCGGGCGUGAGACCCACGACCCGUACGCGUACGUUGGGGAGUGGCACGGUGUUCGUCGUGCCCCAAGAUCGCCUCCACGAUAUGACGGACGUGGCCAGCACUAUCAACGAGGGGUGCAGGACCGUCACGCUGGAACCGUGCAGCGUGGCCAGCGCGAGGAGACCGAGACCGCUCGGAGCCAGCAGCGCGCAGGGAAGCGGCUGA